UUCACAGUUACACACUCGCGUAGCUCAAACAACGUUUCUAUUCUCCCGCCUCUGCGAAAAAUGAGUGAUAUAAGGAAAUGGUUCAUGAAAUCACAUGACAAGGAAAAAAAUGCCGGUGGCUCCAAGCCUUCUAAUCAAGCGAAGUCUUCCCCUGAUAAACCCCAACCGGCGAAAACGGUGCCUGUAGGUCAAGAAAGUUCAGGGAGGAGGAUAACUAGCAAAUAUUUUAAUACUGAUAAAAAAAAGCCAAAAGAUGAGAAAGAAACGCAGGAGCUCCCUGCUAAAAGAAAGAAUAUGAAGGACGGUGAGGAAUUACCGGAGCCCCGUCUUUUAAAAAAAAUUCAUGAAGAUGAUGGAGGUGACUCUGUCUUGCCCACACAUAAAAAGAAGUUAGCUGAUACCACUCCAACAAAAAAAUUGAAGAGUGGAUCAGGUAGGGGGAUUCCCCAAAAAGCCGCAGAUUUGGAAGAAAGUGAUGAAGAUGAUGACAAAGAUGUUGUGUCUCCCGUUAAAUCUGGUGGAAGGGGUCGUGGUGGAAGGGGAGCAUCAACACAAUCAACUGGUGGGAGAGGUAGAGGGGGUGGUAGGGGUGGAUUUGUGAAUUUCGGAGAAAGAAAAGAUCCUCCACACAAAGGAGAAAAGGAAGUCCCUGAAGGUGCUCCUGACUGUUUAACUGGCUUAACUUUUGUAAUCAGUGGAACACUGGACAGUUUGGAACGAGAAGAAGCAGAAGAUUUGAUUAAACGCCAUGGUGGCCGUCUCACUGCAUCAGUCAGCAAGAAAACGAAUUAUCUCUUAUGUGAUGAAGAUAUUGGGGGACGGAAGUCUGCAAAAGCCAAAGAGCUAGGAACUUCCUUUCUCACAGAGGAUGGGUUGUUCGAUAUGAUUCGUAAGUCAAAACCUGCAAAAGCUCCUUCACAAGAAAAAUACAAGAAAUCUGUGAAUAAUGCUGUUGCAUUAGCAUCCCAGUCAAAAGGUCCUCCGAAAGCAGAAGCCAAGGUCUCUAUAUCUUCACGCUCACCUUCUACCAAAGCCAAGCUGAAGAAAGCAACUACUGUUCAGUCUUCUUUGAUGUGGACAGAGAAGCAUCGACCUACAGAUCCAAAGGAUAUCAUAGGGAAUCAGUCACUUGUUUCCCAGCUUCGAAAUUGGUUGAAAACUUGGCAUGAACAAUUUUUGGACACUGUUAACAAAAAACAGGGAAAAAAGAAAAAUGACUCUGGUUCAAAAAAAGCUGUCUUGUUAAGUGGAACCCCUGGUAUAGGAAAAACAACUUCAGCAAAGUUGGUCUGUCAGGAGCUUGGUUUCCAAGCCAUAGAGGUAAAUGCUAGUGAUAGCCGUGGAAAAGCUGAUAGCAAAAUUGUAAAAGGAAUCAGUGGAAGCAAUGCAAAUUCUAUCAAGGAACUUGUAACCAAUGAGGCCCUUGGUGUUGACAUGGAUCGGUCAAAGCUUUCCAAAACUGUGCUCAUUAUGGAUGAGGUUGAUGGGAUGUCAGCUGGUGAUAGGGGUGGUAUUGCUGAUCUUAUUGCUAGCAUCAAGAUAUCAAAAAUUCCUAUUAUCUGCAUUUGCAAUGACCGUUACAGCCAGAAACUGAAGAGCCUUGUGAACUACUGUUUGCUCCUUAGUUUUCGAAAGCCUACAAAGCAACAGAUGGCAAAGAAGUUUAUGGAUGUUGCAAAGGCUGAAGGGCUUCAAGUUAAUGAGAUUGCUCUUGAGGAACUGGCAGAAAGGGUUCAUGGAGAUAUGCGCAUGGCACUAAACCAGUUACAAUAUAUGAGCCUCUCCAUGUCAGUUAUCAACUAUGAUGAUAUUAGGCAGCGCAUGCUUACCAAUGCAAAGGAUGAAGACAUUUCACCAUUCACAGCUGUUGACAAGCUUUUUGGUUUUAAUGCUGGGAAGUUGAGAAUGGACGAGAGGAUUAAUCUCAGCAUGAGUGAUCCUGAUCUUGUUCCUCUUCUUAUCCAGGAAAAUUAUAUUAAUUAUAGACCAAGCUUGGCUGGUAAGGAUGACAGUGGUAUAAAACGCAUGAACUUGAUUGCCCGUGCUGCUGAGUCUAUUGCUGAUGGGGAUAUAGUGAACGUACAGAUUCGCAGAUAUAGACAGUGGCAGCUCUCUCAAACAAGUUCUGUUGCAUCAUGUAUAAUUCCAGCUUCAUUGUUGCAUGGGCAAAGGGAAAUACUUGAACAGGGAGAACGAAAUUUUAACCGGUUUGGUGGGUGGCUGGGGAAGAACUCGACAAUGGGCAAAAACAUAAGGCUUUUGGAUGAUCUGCAUCUUCACAUUCUUGCUUCUCGUGAAUCUAGUUCGGGAAGGGAUACUAUCCGCUUGGAAUACCUUACUCUUCUUCUUAAACGAUUGAUAGAACCACUGCGAGUCCUGCCUAAGGCUGAAGCUGUUCAGGAAGUUGUGGAAUUUAUGAACACAUACUCGAUCAGUCAGGAAGAUUUUGAUACUAUAGUAGAGUUAUCAAAAUUCAAGGGUCAUCCUAAUCCCCUAGAUGGCAUACAGCCUGCCAUUAAGUCAGCCUUGACAAAAGCAUACAAAGAGCAAAGCAAAUCUCGGAUGGUUCGGGCUGCCGAUCUAGUUACUCUUCCUGGAAUAAAGAAGGUUCCCAAGAAGCGAAUUGCUGCUAUUCUAGAACCAGCUGAUGGAGGGGAACAAGGUGAAGGUGACACCUUGGACGAGAGUGAAGAAGAGAACACCUCUGACCAAGAAGGCACCACCACAGGCGAUAAGCUGCAGUCAGAACUUCAAAGUUUGAAUUCAAAUGCCAUGAAAGUACAAUUGGAGUUGAAGGGAACGGGAAAUUCAAGUUCCCAGAAGACAUCUGCUGGCAGAGGUAGAGGUAAAGGUGCAUCUGCAUCUGCACAGAAGGUUCCUCAAACUUCAAGGGGUACUUCAAAAAGAAAAAGGUGAAGAAAUAUUAAACAAUAUUUCUUUUAUGGGGACCACUACUUAGUAGAGUUGUAGAGAACCCUGCCCUUCAUGAAAUUGAUGUUAGGCCUUCAUAAUUUGAGUUGACUUAUUGUAAAUUUUCCAAGGAGGAUUCCAUGAAACAUGGAUUACUUGUGGUGGCCCUGUUUUUUGAAUGCAGAUGAUGUCUUCAUUAGAACCUUGCAUGCUACAUUAUAAGAAUUUCUGGAUUUGGCUUUAACUCUUUCUUCCCUGAUAUUCUGUGCAUGAUGUUGCCCGGGUGACCGAUUUUCCAUACAUAUUAACAUUAUCACUGUGCUUAACUAAAUGGAAGGCCUCUAACACUUUCUGCUCAGGAUUUGGAUCCUUCGAAUGAGGGGAUCAUUUUAAAGAGUUAAUGUAUAUUACUGUAAGCUGUUGAUGAGAAAAUCGAAUUGAUUAUCAUAUAUUCAUGAUUUGUUUUGUGUUUGUACUUAUAUAAAGUCCUUGUGAUGAUCACAAAUCAACCGUUACAAUUC